CACUCCUCGCACACCAUAACACCACCACCGGGCUGCUUGAAAUGAUGACUCGAUCCGACGCCUUCUUAGCCACUGCCGUCGUCCUGAUGGCGGCGGCGGGCUCCUGCCCGUCGACCUUCGCCUCAGCGCUGGAGCUCAUCGCAGCGAACUGCGACGACCUCAGCGCCCUGCCCACAACGCUGACCGAAGACACAAAUUUGCUCCUCGAUGUGCCUUCCAUUACGUACGGUAACCCCGACUUGAACUGGAUCUCCUGCGACACGAUAACAACUGUCCACGUCGACGGGCCGUACAAAUUCAUCGUCACGACCGACAUGGACAACUACAACUUUGAGAACGCGCGCUUCGAGGUGAAGGGCGGCGCCGACCUCACCUUUGCAAUCGAGGGUGGUUUUUCCUUCAACUACGCCGAAAGCCAGGGAACGGACGGUGGGGCGAUCUACGUGGAGAGCGGUUCGUCUGCGACUUUCGACGUGCCCAGCAAGGUCAACUUCGAGGGCAACACCGUCGAAGCCGGGUACUCCGGGGGAGUAGUGUACGCAGGCGGAGAGGUGGUGUUUACCGGCGACGCGGUGUUCAUCUCCAACGAAGCCCGGAGCUCAGGGGAUGAACCCGCGGGAUAUGGCGGUGCCGUUGCGGUUGGCCCUGAGGGAAGCCUUGAGUUUCAAGGGGCCUUGGAGUUCACCGACAACAAGGCUCAGAGCGGCGGAAGUGGAGGAGCGAUCGCAAACUUCGGCUCCUUGGUUUUCCGGAGGAAGAGCUACUUCUGGUUCAACACCGCCGCUGAGGACGCCAAUGGAGAUGGCGGUUUCGGCGGGGCCAUCUAUGCCGGGUAUGGGUCUACUACCGAGUUUUUCAGGAGGACGAUCUGGUUCUACAGCGAGGCCGCCAGCGGGGGCGCGCUCUACAAUCUCGGGGAGGUCAUGCUGUACAGCAACGGGUUCAUCAGGGGCAACAAGGCCAUGGGUAGCGUCAAGGCAGAAGGGGGACAUAUCUACAACUUGGCAUCUGCCAUUGGUGGCGAACCCACUUACACCGGCGGGCAGAUACAAUUGAACGGUGACAAGGUCAACUUUCGUGAGGGCGAGGCCAAGCGUGGCGGAGCCUAUUUCUCUGGCGGUCCGGGUUCGUCCUUGUCUUAUCACACCGCGCCAAAUCUCUUCGACAACUCCGCGUCCGAGUACUGCGAUGACUAUGCCAGCGGGAACACGGACCCCCCCACGUGCAGCAGCUAACGGAGGUCUCUACGUCCAGCUUCUGCCAGAAAGCGACUACCGUUCCAAGCUUCACUGUGGGGAUAGAGUAAAACCUCGAAGCGAUGAAAAGGAAGCUUUCUGGCGCGUAUGGGACUGCAUGAGGUUCAUUGUAACUACUCUCUGAUGAGAGCGAAAUAUGUAGUCACGAGAUCAAUAGUUUCAUAAGCGAGAGGCUGGUUGUUUUUCAAUAGGUUCAUAAGCGGGAGGCUGUUUUUUGUUCUUGCCCAUGGGUUUGUCGUGGUUUGGAUGCCGAGGGAUAGCGGUACCACCGGUAGUGUGGUUUUGUAGUGUCAUCCUUGCGGACCAACCUUCGCAGGUCCCGCUCGGGCUAUUGAGACCACCGAUCUGUCGCUAAAUGAGACAUCAUAGAAUUUUUCAUCCAGCAACCAAUUAGCCUGCCUUAUCUCUAUGAAGACUGGCGUUGCAACAACGAACGCGAGGCUGAAGUCUUGAAAGAUUUGAGAGAGUGCACGACAGUCGGCUCGUUGAUCCUUGUUGGCAGGCGUAGGCAACGAAUCGACCCUCGGCACUAAGCCAACGCGCACUGCUCGUGAUUUGUGUAAAUUUCUGAAGUACAAUUGGUCAGCAACAUACACAUUGACGUAUCGUUUCGUGGCUAGAACGGGGUCACGACUUAUUCUCACAAAAUCUGUUGCUUUGCGGUCCGUACGCGGUUCUGAAGGUCUCAAAAAGCGGAUACCCUUGGCCCUCUGAUUCCGAUCCCCCUACCAUUGGUCUUCAGGGUCUCAAAUGCUCAUCUCGAGCGAAGAUGCGGCUCUCGAGGGAAUUCAAGUUUGCCUCGGUAGGGAACCCCAAACCAAUGUCGCCUCUCCCUGAGAUUCAGCAGUUUCCACCUCCUGUGGCGGCGACGAGACUUGACCUGGUCUAUUUCGCAAUCCAAAUAGCGGCCGUUGAACCGGGUCGCCUCAUGAAGGGUGAUCGUCUCACGAAAUUUCUUUUUGCAGUUGGACAUGUGUUUGGAUUCUUCUCUGCAGAAAUCGUGUCGCUUCAGCUAGAAGCUGCACAUUCUCGGGGGUGAAGACCUUGGUGACAAUGCACAUCUCCUAUGGGCGGUGGCACCAUUGUUUGGUGGUGUAUUUUGUAGUGAGAGCUGCAUUGUUCAACCUUGGAUUCUGCAAUAGUCUAUGCCACAUCUGAGCACACGCGAAGUGUAUCCGGCUGAUUUUUGUGAGCUGGUGCGCUGCUGCUCCUGCACUUGCUGUAUUCAAAAGUGUGUCAGUUUCCGUUGGGUCGCUGCAGUACGGUCGUGGUUGGGUGCCGCAGAAAGUACAUGAUGCGCGUGUUGUGCUGUGCGUGGCCAACAACAGGAAAAGCACUCAGUGUCGACCAGCUCAUAAGACGCGAACGAAUGAGCACAUCAUUCAGAUGCGGCAUUCGGACCGAUUUCGUCUUCGCGAGUCCCCUCCAAGGAAGCUACAUAAUUCCGCACGUUGAUUGUAGUGUUUCGUGUUGUCGAAAGACGUGGUUUGGAGGUAACCCACAGUUUGGAGGUACCCCACAAACCAGCCUUUGUGUACGACUACCGCGUGGUGUUGGUUUUUUGUUAUCAAAGCGCCAUCGGCUUGGA